UAAAAGUUGAGGAAGCCAAAGAAGUUCAGAGCCUCAGAAAGCGACCCAAUGGGGUGAGUGCUGUCGCUCUGCUUGUGGGAGAGAAGUUGCAAGAAGAAGCAACUCUUGUGGAUGACCCAUUUAAGAUAAAAUCUGGGGGAAUGGUGGACAUGAAGAAGCUGAAAGAAAGAGGCAAGGACAGGAUUAGUGAAGAGGAAGAUCUAAACUUGGGAACUUCCUUCUCAGCAGAAACCAACAGGCGGGAUGAAGAUGCUGACAUGAUGAAGUACAUUGAGACUGAGCUGAAGAAGAGAAAGGGAAUUGUGGAGAACGAGGAGCAGAAGGUGAAGCUUAAGAAUGCUGAGGACUCUCUGUACGAGCUGCCGGAGAACAUCCGCGUCUCCUCUGCCAAGAAGACUGAGGAGAUGCUCUCCAACCUCAUUCCUGAAGUGGACCUAGGCAUUGAUGCAAAAAUCAAAAACAUCAUCUCAACUGAAGAGGCCAAGGCCAAGCUGCUGGCAGAGCAGCAGAACAAAAAGAAAGACAGCGAAACGUCCUUUGUGCCCACAAACAUGGCUGUGAACUACGUCCAGCACAACAGAUUUUACCACGAGGAGCUAAACGCACCAGUGCGGAGGAACAAAGAGGAGCCAAAGCCCCGUCCGCUGAGAGUGGGGGACACAGAGAGGCCAGAACCUGAGCGGUCUCCUCCAAACCGCAAGCGUCCCCUCAAUGAAAAAGCCACAGAUGACUAUCACUAUGAGAAGUUCAAGAAGAUGAAUAGACGAUACUGAUGGACAUGGA